GAGCGUGGUGUUGAGCUCGCAGGCAUCAUCAUGUCCAGCGACACGCCGGAGUCAGAUGCGCUGCAGAGUGACAAUCUGAAUGCAUUGCUGGAUGCGUUCAACAUGAGAAGGCACUUCCCCGGAGUAGCUGAUGUCAUGCGAAAGCUGCAGGACUGGAUGACACGGCACAACAAGAUGCUGGUGAACAACGACAUGCUGAAGGCCAUGAAGGUGGCCGUGGAGUCCGGCAAGAGCAUCGACUGGCCGCGCAUCCAGACAUGCCUCAAGAAUCUGAAGGCGCUCAAUGAGCAGCACAUGGGCAUCUUCGACAAGUUCCUCGCCUUGUGCAUCCGCAGCAUCUUCAUCGAG